AUGCAAGAAGAGAAAAGGGCCGUCCAUACUUCUUCUCUUACUGGUGCUAUGAAGAUUAAGGAAGUUCUAGAAGGACAUGAAAUUUGGAGCAAAGUUGAGUUUAGGAUGGAGCCAGAUAUUUUCAGAGCGAUAGUUUCAUCUGUUGAUGAACCAGUGCUACAUGUACCACGAGCGGGCAGCGAGAUCAAUGUUGCUGGACCAAGUGUGGGCAGUGAGACUAAUGUUGCUGGACUAACUUUGGAUCGAGAGGCUUGUGAAGUUCAGUCACCACCUUCUGGUACGUCAGUACAUGGAAGCGGAAAAAAGAGGAAGAAAAGUCAAGUUGCAAGUGUUUUGGAUGACUAUUUGGAGCACAAAAAGAACCAAACAUAUAAGACUAUGGAGGCGUUCCUUGAGAAGAAGACUCGUGGAGAGGAGUCUAUGGAUAGGUGUAUCCACAUAUUUGAAGCUAUGGAGGACUUGACAGAUGAGGAGAAGGCCAUUGCAGCAGAGGUGUUCGAAAAUGAAUUGUAUCGGGAGAUGUUUCUGAAGCUAACAAUUCACAACGUGCGGCUGAUUUGGCUUCGGAGGAAGAUAAGAAUUGUGGUUGUUAAAACUAGUAGUGAGUGGAAGGUGAAGCUAGAGGAGCUAGAACUGGGAUGUGACGCUCCUGAUGAGAAUGAGGAUGAGGUUGGUGAUGACGAUGGAAUUGAGGUAGUUGACUGGAUCGAGAAAAAUGAGGUCGAUGAUGAUUAUUAUGAAGAUGAGGAUGAAGCCGAUGCACAGGAGGAUUUCAAAGCAGAUGAAGCUGAAAAUGUUGAGGAUAGCGAGGAAUACUGGGAUGAGCAGUGGGAGAAGGCUAUGAGAAGUUCUGAUAAAAUGGAGAAGCUAGUCAAGACGAGCAUUGAGGCGUCAAAUGUGUACAGUAAGCAGCAUAUGCAUCUAGAGAAAGAAAUGGAGUGGAAAAUGGCCAGAGCAAAUGCGAUUAUUACGGAGCAGGAAGCUGAGGUGGAGGAGUGCAAAGGAUGGAAAUAA